CAAGAAAUGAAUGACAAAGCAGUGUUGUUCCGAGUUGGUUGUGAGUGACAUUGAUGUUCUCAUUGAUAUCAUCGAAGCCUCAGUGUUAAAAUCAGUGUUCCUCCUUUAUCACAGCGCCGUUUUAGCUCAGAAGCCAGAAAAUUCGAUUUUUGAUUCGUGGGGUUGGUUCCAAAUGGCGUCGUUCACGGUCCCUUGCCCCAAGUGCGUUCCUUUUGCUCGUUUGGGACUGAACUCUCAGACCCAGCAACGGAACGCGCCAAUGGUCUCGUAUGGGAGCGGGUUGGCCUUGAAGACAUCACUGUCAUUUGGAUCUUCGAAUGCACCAAAUGGGAUUCAGUGCCUUAACAGGAAGCAAUUUUCUGUCUUGAAGUAUCAAGCAAAAACAAAUGAGGCCGUUACUGUUGAAAAUUCUGCACCUGUACAGGUCAAUAGACCUAAAGUUGCUUCACCAGAAGAGAAAGUUGACCAUAAUGGAAAACCCUCUGGUCCAAGCACUUCCGUUGAUGCAUCUUCAAUUUCUGCAUUUAUGAAUCAAGUUGCAGAUCUUGUUAAACUUGUGGACUCUAGAGAUAUUAUGGAGCUUGAACUUAAACAAGCAGACUGUGAGCUCGUGAUAAGAAAAAAGGAAGCAUUACAGCCUCCACCAGCUACUGUUAUGGCUCCAGUGUCACAACCAUAUCCAUAUCCCACACAUCCUAUGCCGGUACCACCACCACCCGUUGCUGCUUCCGCUCCUGCAAGCCCUCCACCUUCAAAAGCCUUACCUGCUCCUGGAAAAGAAAGCACAUCAUCUCAUCCACCGCUGAAAAGUCCAAUGGCUGGGACCUUUAUUUUCUCUACUUUAAGCCUCGUCAACAAACCCUAA